AUGGGCGGUGGUGUAGGUAUUGGCGAUUUCAACAACGAUGGCCUGAAAGAUGUUUUCUUUACCGGCAACCAGGUAAGCAGCCGCUUGUACAUCAACAAAGGUGGCAAUCAUUUUGAAGACAUUACGCAGGCAGCCGGACUCACCACGCACGAAUGGGCAACCGGGGUAAGCGUGGUAGAUAUCAACCACGAUGGCUAUGAUGAUAUUUAUAUUUCUGUAUUUGGCAAAAACCUUCUACACCGUGCAAAGAACCUGCUGUUUAUUAACCAGCACGAUCUCAGUUUCCGGGAGUCUGCCACAGAAUACGGGUUGGCAGACACGGGUUAUUCUACACAGGCCGUUUUCCUGGAUUACGACAGGGAUGGUGAUCUUGAUAUGUACCUCAGUAAUUACCUGCUGAAUGGUCCCAAUGCCAAUUAUCUUUUUCCACGCGACAGCAGUGGCCGUUCAGCCGCCAAUGAUAAGCUCUACCGCAAUGAAGGCUAUUCUUCAAAACUUGGGCAUGAUGUAUUUGCUGAUGUGAGCAUGCAGGCGGGCAUAAAGGAAGAUGGCUAUGGACUGGGAUUGGUAACAGGUGAUUUUAAUGAAGAUGGCUGGCCGGACAUCUAUGUGGCCAAUGAUUUUGUAUCCAAUGACGAAAUGUGGUUAAAUAACCGCAGCGGAGGAUGCAGCAGAUAUCAACAACGAUGGCCUGCAGGAUAUUGUAACGCUUGA